AUGGGUAGAGCUCCAUGCUGUGACAAAACCAACGUAAAGAAGGGUCCAUGGUCCCCUGAGGAACAUGCAAAACUCAAGGCUUAUAUUGAUACUUAUGGCACUGGAGGAAACUGGAUUGCUCUUCCCCAGAAAAUUGGGAUGAAGAGAUGUGGAAAGAGUUGCAGACUAAGAUGGCUGAAUUACUUGAGACCCGAUAUUAAACAUGGUGGAUUCACUGACGAAGAAGACAAUAUCAUCUGCAGCCUCUAUAUAAGUAUUGGCAGCAGGUGGUCCAUAAUUGCAGCCCAAUUGCCUGGAAGAACAGACAAUGACAUCAAGAACUACUGGAACACCAGAUUGAAGAAGAAGUUGCUUGGAAGGCGAAUACAGUCACAUACAAACCAUCUAUCGCCCGCUUGUCAGAACCCAAAAGAUGAAAAUGGCAUAGAAGAAUCAAAGUCCUUAAGCAACUCAGCCCUUGAGAGACUUCAACUCCAUAUGCAGCUUCAAACCCUUCAAAACCCUCUCUCUUCCUGCAACAAUCCUGCACUGUGGCCCAAACUUCAUCCCCUCCAAGAAAAGACAAUACAGAGCCUCCACCUCCAGGGUCUGAAUGAAAGCUCUAACCCUUUAAUGCAACAGGCCGUCACACCCAGUAAUCUGCAGUUAGAUGAAUUGGAUAACUCUGUGAUAAAAUCAUCUUCAGACAGCCCAAUAAUGUUCAAUAAUGGAAGCCACUUAUCAAACUCAACUACUACUGUUCCAAAAUCGGGUGGUAUAGAACAAUCAAACCCUGUAAUUCAGUCAGUUUCAACAUUUACCCAGGGGGAUUUUGAUGAUUCUAUCAACAACAAAGCGGUUGGUUCUGUAUCUGGAGAGAAUCAGAUGGCUGAGUUUGACUGUUUCAAAGAGAUGGAUGAUUCCAAGGACACUGUGAUUUGGUGGUCUAAUGACUUCCACACAAAUUCAAUUACUUCCUCAAACUCUUGGGAUUCGAUUUCUGUUCUCCAUCAGCCUGAAAGAUUUUAUCAGGAUUAUGCAUUAGGAUACAGUGUGCAAUGA